GGCAUUGUCUCCGAGUCACGCGGGUGCAUGCGCUCAAGAUUGCUGGUCGGAGCCUCCUCGUCGCCCCAAGUCGUCGAAAUCUUAGAAGAGUGCAAUUUCGCCAAGGCGCCGAUAAGCUAAGAAACCAAUAAGACUCAACCAACUUGAGUACUUGUUAUCGGACCCUUCGAACGCUGGCCGACAAAGAUAGUUGGCGCGGAACGCAGAGCAGCGCCUUGCACAGACUCCAUUUUUCAGACGCACGAAAGACCGAUCAGCACCCGCUCGAUCCACAUCCACCAUGAAGCAAUUUGUGGUCCUCCUUGCGCUCAUCGGCGCAGCGACGUCAGGAAACAAUUUGUUCGAAAACCUGGACAAGUACCCGCUUCAAGAUGAAUGUCAAGCAGCGCUGCAGGAACACAUAAAUGUAGAAAUGCACGCAAGCCUCGUAUAUAUGCAGAUGGCGGCACACUUCGACAAUAACAAAGUGGCACGCAAAGGUUUCAGUACUUUCUUCGCGGAGAACUCCAAGGAGGAACGUGAGCACGCCCAAAAGAUCAUCGACUACAUCAACAAGAGGGGCAGCACCGUCUCACUCGUCAAUAUCGACAUGCCCCAGAUCACCACUUGGAAAUCCGUUUUGCAAGCGCUGCGAGAUGCCAUCAGCUUGGAGAACAAAGUGACCAACAAGCUCCACGCCGUGCACAAGACUGCCGAUGAGGAGUGCAAAGACCCUCAGCUCAUGGACUUCAUCGAGAGCGAGUUCUUGGAGGAGCAAGUGACUUCCAUUGACAAGCUGCAGCGAAUGAUUACAGUACUCAGUAACAUGGACUCAGGCACGGGGGAGUACCUGUUGGACAGAGAGCUGCUCGGGGACAAGAAGGAGUUUUAAGCACUUGCUUUUCAGUAGAAUCCCAAUUCUCAAGGCGUGUCGCUGAGUCGGCGACAAAGCAAGAUGUAUUGAAGGACUCAAACUGCAAGAAACACUUUCUGGUUGCCUAGAAAAAUUCAUAUGUAUUGGUUAAACGCUUCAAAACUUUCCCUAUCCCAACUAUUCGAUUUGUUUUUAAGGUUCCCACCGAUUUUAGUUUUCACGAAUUCUGGGGAGCAGGGGCCUCUGUUGCAAUAAAAGGUCAAACGAC